AAGUCUUACAAUGCAACAGGUGACACCGGCGCCCUAUUAUUUAACCUCAGUCCGAGUGCCGUACGAUAUGCAGCACAUCCAGUGAAAGUCCACUUGGCAAAUUGUCUGCAGCAAUGUUUCUGGGAGCUCUGUUCGCCGCGGUGACCACGUCGGCACCAGCAGCACGCAGCCUGCUGGUGUACGGUGUCCCUGGCCUCGUCCUGCUUUGGCAGGGCGGGCGGCUGCUGAGCAGGCUAUGGCGGGAGCCUCGGCGGCUGGAGCGGGCUCUGCGCGCGCAGGGUCUCCGCGGCACCUCGUACCGCUUCCUGACGGGCGAUCUGAGGGAGUUCGGCCGCCUCAACAAGGAGGCUUGGGCCAGGCCGCCGCUGCCCCUGGGGUGCCACGACAUCGUGCCCCGCGUCACGCCGUUCCUCUGCGGCAACGUCCGGGAGCACGGCAAGACGUGCUUCUCUUGGUUCGGGCCGAUCCCCAACGUGACCAUCACCGACCCGGCGCUGGUCAGGGACGUGCUCUCCAACAAGUUCGGCCACUUCGGGAAGCCCCAGUUCCCGGCCCUGACGAAGCUGCUCUCCGACGGGCUCACCAGCCACGAGGGCGAGAAAUGGGUUAGGCACAGGAGGAUCCUCAACCCUGCGUUCCAUCUCGAGAAGCUCAGGCUCAUGCUGCCUACGUUCUCUGCAUGCUGCGAAGAGCUUGUCGGCAGAUGGGCGGCGCGGUGCCUGGGUCCCGACGGCGGCUCGUGCGAGCUGGACGUCUGGCCGGAGCUCCAGGCCCUCACGGGGGAUGUCAUCUCCCGCACCGCGUUCGGCAGCAGCUACCUCGAAGGAAGAAGGAUCUUCGAGCUCCAGUCCGAGCAAGCCGAGCGCUUCGUGGGUGCCAUUCAGAAGAUCGUGAUCCCAGGCUACAUGUACUUGCCGACAAAAAACAACAGAAGGAUGCGGCAGAUCAACAAGGAGGUGAACUCGAUUCUGCGAGGGGUGGUCGGGAAGAGGAUGCGGGCUAUGGCUAUGAGAGAAGGCGGCGAAAGCACCACCGGCGCCGACGAUCUCCUGGGCCUGCUGCUGGAGUCCAACAACACGAGGCACGAAGGCGAGACCGGCCACGGCCAGCAGUCCGCCCUUGGGAUGACGAUCGAAGAUGUCAUCGAGGAGUGCAAGCUGUUCUACUUCGCAGGGAUGGAGACAACGUCGGUGCUGCUGACAUGGGCCAUGGUCCUGCUGAGCAUGCACCGCGAGUGGCAGGACCGUGCGAGGGAGGAAGUGACUGGCCUGUUCGGGAGAGACGACAACAAGCCAGAGUACGAGGGACUGAGCCGCCUCAAAACAGUGAAUAUGAUCCUCUACGAGACUCUCCGGCUAUACCCGCCGGCCGUGGUGUUCAGCCGGAAGGCCUACAAGGAGAUGAAGGUCGGAGGCGUGACGUUGCCGGCCGGCGCGAUCAUUGAGAUCCCCGUCCUGUUCAUCCACCACGACCCCGACACCUGGGGAGACGACGCGCACGAGUUCAAGCCGGAGAGGUUCGCCGAGGGGGUCUCCAGGGCGUGCAACGGCGCCUCGGGCGCGUUCAUCCCGUUCGGCUGGGGCCCUCGCACGUGCAUCGGCCAGAGCUUCGCGCUUCUCGAGGCCAAGAUGGCGCUGUGCGUCAUCCUUCAGCGGUUUGAGAUGGAGCUCGCGCCGUCGUAUACCCACGCGCCGCAUACCGUCAUGACGCUGCAUCCGAUGCACGGUGCGCAGAUCAAGCUCACGGCGAUCUGAUCAUACAUACGAUCGAUGCGACUGCCGUAUACUUGUUUAUAUUAUUACUAAGCUAUACCAGUUGUUGGCCGGGUCUUGGAAAUAAAUACGUACGUACCUUUGUAUUGGUCAGCCAUGUAUCAAGUUAACCUUGAUCAAUGUAUAGGAUUAUUGUUGUUGACGCGCGCCCAUUUAGGUCACGCGCAUACCAUCAAGCGCUAGCACAUUCAACCCCUUCCAUCAAGGCGUUUGCAUGUUCCACUA